UCACGGAGAAGGAGGUGCAGCAGUGGUACAAGGGCUUUAUCAAGGACUGCCCCAGUGGGCAGCUCGACGCUGCUGGCUUCCAGAAGAUCUACAAGCAGUUCUUCCCCUUUGGUGACCCAACCAAAUUCGCCACCUUUGUUUUCAAUGUCUUCGAUGAGAACAAAGAUGGGAGGAUCGAGUUUUCGGAGUUCAUCCAGGCACUGUCAGUCACCUCCCGGGGGACGCUGGACGAGAAGCUGAGGUGGGCAUUUAAGCUAUACGACUUGGACAACGACGGGUACAUCACGAGGAAUGAGAUGCUGGACAUUGUGGAUGCGAUUUAUCAGAUGGUGGGAAACACAGUGGAGCUUCCUGAGGAGGAGAACACACCAGAGAAGAGGGUGGAUCGGAUUUUUGCCAUGAUGGACAAGAAUGCAGAUGGGAAGCUGACGCUGCAGGAAUUCCAGGAGGGCUCCAAGGCUGACCCCUCCAUCGUGCAGGCUCUCUCCCUCUACGACGGGCUCGUAUAGUCCCGGGGCCGAGCGGCGAUGCCUGGGGGAAGAUGCUCUCCGUGCCAUCCGACCACCGCCGCGCCAAGCUUGCCUGUCCCUCUCGGCCUUCCUUUCUGUUCUGCGAGCAAAGGAUGCCCUCGAAGCGCGAGCUCACUCCCCCUCUCUGCA